UUAUUAGCCCAAUUUUCUCCAAUCAACUACAUUGCUUUAUCAUUUUAUUUACUCAUUUUUGGUGUAAAUAAUCUUCCUUUUUCUUUUCAGUUGUAAUCAAAUUUGUAGAAAGGAGAGGAAGUUCUAAUCAAGUCACUCAACUACAUCUUCCUUCAAAACCAUCUUCUUAAUCAGGGUCUUCUUCAAUGGAGCUUCUGGUGGAGCCUAUCAUGGAACUGGUAAAGUGUUUGGGGAGGUCAGCCUGCACCUAUCUAGAUUAUCACUUAACUUUUGAUGAAGCUGUGAGUGAUCUAAGAAGGGAAUUGGAAGUUCUAAACAGGCGAAAAGAGGAUAUAAAUUUAAGCAUACAGUCCCAUACAAGUUUGGGAAAAGAAGUAAAACAUGAAGUGCAAGGUUGGCUUAAACAUGUACAAGAAAUCAAUAAUGAAGUGGAAGACAUUCAAGAAAAGACUCAGAGAGUUAAGUGGUACUCAAAGGGCCGUCUAGGGAAACUUGUUCGAAAGAAAAUGGAGGUGGUGAAGAGAAUCCAUGAACAAGGCAGUUUUCCUGAUGGUCUCAUAGUUGACAGACCUCCAUCCCGUGGAGUCAUCAUGCCAAUUGAGAAAGUAGUGGGUGAAACUUUUGCAAAAGAAAAAAUCUGGGGAUACUUGAUGGGCAAUGAGGUUGGAAUGAUUGGAGUUUGUGGGAUUGGUGGGGUUGGAAAGACUACCAUUAUGAAAAAUAUCAAUAAUGAAUUGGUGAGGCACACUAAGUUUAAUAAAGUGAUUUGGGUCACUGUAUCUUACCCACUGGAUGUACUCAAAUUACAAGAAAACAUCGCUCAUGGUUUUGGUGAGGAACUCCGAAAAGAUGAGGACAAAGAGAUGCGGUCGGCUAAAUUGACGGGCAUUAUGGAAAAAGUAAGACAUGUGUUGAUACUAGAUGAUGUCUGGGAAAAAUUUUCUCUGAAUGAUGUUGGAAUUCCAAAACCAACAAUUGAGAGUGGAAGCAAAAUAGUUAUCACUAGUAGAUUGAUUGAUGUGUGCCAAAAAAUGGGCUGUGAGAUAGUCAAAGUGGAACCUCUUUCCUUUCAGGAGUCUCUUAGCUUAUUCUUUGAUAAAGUUGGGAGUCAUGCUAUAGAAGUUCCAAACUUAGAAAGAAUCUUGAAGCUCAUUGUCCAGGAGUGUGGUGGCUUACCGCUAGCCAUUGUUGUGAUAGCAGAGAGUAUGAAGGGAGAAGAAGAUGUGAAAGUGUGGAAUAAUGCCCUAACUGAAUUGCGGGAACGGGUAAAGAGUGUGACUGGUUCAGAUCAAGAGAUAUUUAAGAGGUUAAGGUUUAGUUAUGAUCGUUUGGAUAAUUCUGAAAUCCAAAGUUGUUUUCUUUAUUGCUCCUUGUUUCCUGAAGAUUAUCCAUUUUUGAGAGAAUGGUUGGUAGAAGGGUGGAUUGAUGAAGGACUAAUUGAUGUGUUGCCUAGUAGAAAAGUAGCUUAUGAGAGAGGCCAGGCUUUUUUAAAUAGGCUAGUAAAGAAUUGCUUGUUAGAGAAAACUGUUGAUUGGGGUGGUGAUGUUUUCAAGAUGCAUGAUGUACUGAGAGACAUGGCUAUCAAAAGCAUCGGUCCUGAAUUUGGAUAUAUGGUAAAAGCUGGUAUGAAAUUGACAGAGGUACCAGAUGAGCGUGGGUGGGGAAAUGAUCUUAAGAAGGUGUCUCUAAUGGAGAAUAACAUAUCAAAAAUUCCCCUUGGGUUGUGCCCAAAGUGUCCAACUCUUUCAACUUUGAUAUUGUCAAAUAAUCCUAAUUUGUCAGAGAUCCCAGAAUCCUUCUUUGAAGGUAUGCCUGAACUGAAGGUUCUUGAUCUUUCUGAAACUGGUAUUGAAGCUUUACCUAAUUCCAUCUCAAACUUGGAGAAGCUCUCUUCCAUGAGGUUAAGGUGGUGUAGGAGGUUAAGGUAUUUGCCUUCUUUAGCAAAGCUUACGGUAUUAAAGAAGUUGGAUCUGUUUGAAUCCAGGAUUGAGGAGGUCCCUCAAGGCAUGGAGAAAUUGAUUAGUCUGGAAUAUCUUGAUUUAAGGUAUUGUUGCAAUCUAAAAGAGAUUCCAAUGGGAAUGUUAUCAAACCUUUCCAAUCUCCAGUACUUGUUUUUUGAAAUGUUGAAGAUAGAAGGAGAAGAGGUUGCGAGAAUGAGUAAGUUGGAGACCUUUGAAGGUAUAUUCAAUGACAUACAAAGCUACAAUUAUUUUGUCAAGUCUCAAGAUUUCCAAAUUCUUACUGAUUACCAUAUUAAAGUAGUAGAAAGAAUCCCAAUAUUGGUGACUACUCCAAGGGUACCUGCGGUUAGUAUUAAUAAUUGUGACUUAGGAGAAGAAUGUAUAGUGCUUCCAGAUAGCGUUAAGAAUUUGGAGAUCUGGAAGGGUAAAAACAUGAGAAGCAGCUUAAAUAAAGUAGCUUUGUUAGAAAAGGCAACCGAGUUGAGAUCCUGUUAUAUUAGGGGUUGUGAAGAUAUGGAGUGCGUCGUUGACUUGGACUUAUCCUCCUAUCCAGUACUGGAUAAGCUUGAAGAGCUGCGUCUUUUCAAAUUGCCUAAGUUGAGUGCACUUGUGACGGUGGAAGGAGUAGCAACACCACCGCACGUCUUUUCCAAUCUUAAAUUGCUCGUUAUUUGGGAUUGUUCAGGAAUGAGGAAGUUGCUUCCACUUGAGCUGCUACAGGCCUUCCAAAACUUAGAGGAGAUUAAUGUUAUUAAGUGCAAACAAAUGGAGGAGAUAAUAGCAUCAUCAGAUUCAGAUGCAUCAUCGGAUAAAUUCACUUUUCCCAAAUGUCCGGAGUUAAAGAGGAUCCCUAUGCAGCUUCCCCUGCUUGAUAAUGGCCAACCAUCUCCUCCUCCUCAUCUCAGAGAAAUCAAGAUAGAAAAAGAAUGGUGGGAAUCACUUCCACUGCUUGAUAAUGGCCAACCAUCUCCUCCUCCUCGUCUCAGAGAAAUCGAGCUAGAUGAAGAGUCAAAAGAAUGGUGGGAAUCAGUGGAGUGGGAUCGUAAGAACCUACUUCACCCUUUCUUGACAUAUUCUAACGAGUGUCUUGUUAUUCUGAUUCUGAAACCGAAUAGAAGAGAUCCAGUUGAGUCGAGUCCAACCUUUGCUUCCCCAAUUUCAUCUGAGAUUCGCACCAAACUGGGUGCCAAUUUUGGCAGAAUCGAUCGGCAAUUGGCAGAAUCGAUCGGCAAUUGGCAGGAAGAGUCCCAGGCUCUGGUCUCCGAUGAACUUGAAGUACUCCUAAGUUCGUUAUCAAAUAUAUGGGUUUGUGAUUCUGCAAAGUUGAAAUCCAGUUGCCCGCCAGAAGCUGUAAUAAUUCAAUUCUGAGUUCCAAGAAAUCAUUUCCUUAACCAUAAGCAGUACAAAUGCACCUAUUUGUGCUGAUUAUGGUGAAGCAGUUGAAGAAAGGGGCAUUAAUGAUGAUGCUCAUGGUGUUAAUUUUAAGAUAGCUUCCAAUGGUGAAAGGCAACAGGAAAAGGAGUGUGGGAGAGAAGUUAAGCCAAUAUCCAUGAUUUGUACCUUUUAGAGAGUAUCGCUUUGCAUUAUAUAACCAGUCUUCCAGCUGCUCAGCCAAAAGCUAUUGGAAUCUCAGGAACUUCCAAGAAUAAUUACACUCAAAGCAAUGUGGUUUCACCAUUCUUCAAAAUAGGGUCGGCUCAAUCAAGCUCAAAGCCAUCGUCCAUUCAAGGAUGGCAUGCAACCAUGAAGGAUGCUGUGAGUAAAGAAUUAAAUCUUUUGUGCCCUCAAAGAGCUUAAGUAUCUAGAUGCUUUUGUUUUCAAAAAUAUUUGCAUCUUUAAUUUUCUCUGGUAGAGAUAUGUUUUAAUGAGUAGUAUCAUUUGCUGUCGUAGCAUGCUUCAUAUCCUGAUCUGGGUGCGGCUACUUUCUUCUUUGGUGUAUGUGAUGGUGCAUUAGGUAAGAAUUGGAUGCCUCAAAUAAGGUAGCCUAACCGAGAUAAGGUAAAGAUUAGAUGGCUUAAGUGUUCUAGUCUCUAACAUUUGACUGAAUAAUUACAAGCAGGGCAGAUUCUGAUUGGAAACAGUAAUACAUAAAAACUGAGAGGAAGGACUGGGAAGUUUCAAUUGAUUUGGUUUCCAGAAAUUCAGGGUUUCGAAAUGAGGUUACCUUCAAAGUGUUUAAAAUGAGCAAAGAUGUAACGAUGCUGGUAGUGAUUCUGAAAAUGAACAACUGAUGAUGGUUUGUAAACUUUUCAAUGAUUUUUGUUUUGAUUUGAUCAGCAUCAUUUUCCUAGUUGUUUCAUUUGAUUGGGGAUUUAUGAUGUAGAAUCAGGGAACCCUUCCAUGGAGAGACAUCAAACUCAUAGCACCUUUGAACACUGAACACUCAAAAAGACAGUCUGGGAAAGCAAGGCAAUAUCUUAUCAUUCUUAGAAAGAGUUGACUUGGACAGACGUUUCUGCUUCUUCCUAGCUGUCAUUCUUCACUAGAUUACAUUCUUUCUUUUGGUUGGACAGUACUUCUAAUUCAUGUUUAUCUACAAUUUUUAAUGGGAAAUCCAAACUCCAAAGUAGGCUAUUUGCUUCCGGAUAUCCACCUUUCUUCGCUACCUAGGAUGCAGUUUGAAACAGCUUUUGUAAAUAACCUUCUUUAGGAAUAUACAACAGAUUUUGGA